AUGGAUCAUCAUCGUCCUAGCAGCUGGUUGAUCGCUUUGUCCCUCGUCCUGGUCCAGCUUCUUCUGGAGCCAUUUCCGAGCAGCUGUUUGAGCAUAUCGGCAAAGGAGGCGCAGGGUGUCUACGAGUACGAGCACCACAACAACCUCGAGUUGAAUGUCUUCCUGCAGAAGGUGAGCGCCAAGUGUCCCACCAUCAGUCGUCUGUACCAGCUAAGUGAGAAGAGCGUCAGCGGAUGGCCACUGACCGUCAUCGAGCUGUCUUCCAACCCGGGCGAGCAUCAACUGCUGAAACCGGAGUUCAAGUACGUGGCAAACAUGCACGGCAAUGAGGUCCUCGGUCGAGAGAUGCUGCUCCGUUUGGCGGACUACCUGUGCACGGAGUACCUGAACAACAACCAGGAAAUACAGAAGCUGCUGAACAGCACUCGAAUUCACCUGCUGCCGUCGCUCAACCCUGACGGCUGGGACAUUGCCGCCAGCAACUACAAGAGCAAGGACUGGCUCAUGGGACGGUCCAAUCUGAAUGGCGUCGACAUUAACCGCGACUUUCCCGAUCUGGACGUGAUUGCCUUCCGCCGAGGCAGCAAGGAGGACUUUAUCAACUCGCUGGUCAGCCACAAGAUGCAGCCGGAAACACGGGCAGCGGUCAUUUGGAUUCUCAGCAACCCCUUUGUCCUCUCUGCCAAUCUCCAUGGCGGCGCUCUGGUGGCCAACUAUCCUUUCGAUGAGACCCCUGACGGCAGUACCAACACCUACACUGCGUCUCCCGACGACCAAACCUUCAAACACCUGGCACGAACCUACGCAAACAAGCACAAAACCAUGUCCAAAGAAGGCUCCAAGUGUGACAAUGACGAGGACUUCACCAAACAGGGUGGCAUCACCAACGGCGCCGCCUGGUACUCGGUGGCCGGUGGCAUGCAGGACUUCAACUAUCUGGCUUCCAACAGCUUUGAGAUCACACUGGAGCUGGGCUGCGAGAAGUUUCCGCCGGCAAACAAGCUGCGCGAGGAGUGGGAGAACAACAAAGAGGCACUGGUAGAGUUCAUCAAACAGGCUCACAUCGGCAUCAAGGGCAUCGUGCGCGACACCUUCGGCAAUCCAAUCGACGGGGCUGUCGUUCGAGUGCAGAACUACACCGAUGGCAUUGGGCGAGUCAUCAACCAUGACGUUACCACAACCUCUGAGGGAGAGUACUGGCGCCUGUUGACCCCCGGACUGUACCACGUAAUGGCCGCCAAGCCCAACUACAACCCACAGACGAAGACAGUGCGCGUGGAGGAGGAUCAGGCAAAGAAGUCAAGUGGGGCAAAGUUGGUUCACUUUGUGCUGAAGCCACUCUUCGAGUAG